AUGUACAGAUCUACAGAUACUUCUGCAUCUGGCGUGAAAGCCCCAGUCAGCAGGGAGUCUGCAGUCAUCCAAGUUCAAGAUGCAGACGAGCUGCGUUUGGCCCAAAUGGGUCACAAACAGGAACUAAAGCGCCAUUUCUCUGUUUGGAGCUUAAUCGGGCUGGCCGCUAACUGUACCAUCUCCUGGACUGGGCUCGGACUUGGAUUGAUCACGUCCAUCAACGCUGGUGGGCCCGGUGCUCUCAUCUACGGAUUCAUCCUCGUUUUUAUCCUCCAGUGCUUUUUGGGCACGUCGUUGGCUGAAUUCGUCUCGGCUUAUCCAGUUGAAGGUGGAAUGUACCAUUGGAUCGCAGCGAUUGCCCCAAAGCGCUAUAACAGUCUCUUGAGCUUCCUGACGGGAUGUUCUACGGUCUUUGGCUGGAUCUUCACGGCGGCAUCAACAAAUCUGGUAUAUGCCUCAAACUUCAUGGCUUUAAUAGCGUUGUAUCACGAUGACAUCAAGCUCCAACCCUGGAUGACCUUUGUUGCAUACCAGGUCUUGAAUGUGUUGACAUCUGCAGUGGUUAUGUUUGGAAACCGUUUCAUUCCGACCAUCAAUAAGUUUGCCUUGGUAUACCUCCAGCUAGCAUGGUUUGUAAUCACGGUCACAGUGGCCGCGACAGCGCCAACCCACAAUGAUAGCAAAUUUGUUUUUCGGACCUGGAUGAACAAGACGGGCUGGGACAGCAAUGUUAUCUGUUUCAUCACGGGCCUGGUAAAUCCGCUGUUUGCCCUCGGUGGGCUGGAUGCAUAUAACAGAGGAGAUGCCAAACCCCGGGCGCAAUGCACCUUUAGCCCUAGGUAUGGCUUGAGUAUCCUUAGUCCUGCUCGCCGCAGGGAGCUGACCCAAUUUACCGCAACAGCAUGCACUCUCAUCAUUGCCUUCAUUACUGGACUUUCUUACCUUCUGAGCUUGAUGUUCUCGGUGCAAGACUGGUCGAGCCUAGCAGACAGCCCAACGGGCCUCCCACUUGCGGCAAUCUUCGGUCAAGCAACACAGAGCCGUGGAGGCGCUUUCGCGCUGACAUUCCUUCUAUGGAUUGCUCUUGGGCCGUGCAUGAUUGGCUCACAGCUCAGCACCGGGAGAAUGCUUUGGGCUUUUGCUCGUGACGAUGGCCUUCCAUUCUCCAAGGUUUGGGCCCGAGUCAGCCCUCGAUUCGGGGUGCCCCUAAACGCUCAAAUAUGUGUGGCAGUGAUCGUAAGCCUUCUGGGCUGUAUCUAUCUCGGAUCUAGCACUGCCUUCAACUCUAUGCUUAGCUCUGCAACGACUAUCAACAAUCUCGCAUACUUCGUGCCCAUCUUCACUAAUGUCGUACUGAACCGCAGCACGAUGCAUCGCGGCCCAUUUCGCCUACCGCAUAUUGCCGGCAUGACCGUUAACAUUGUUACUGUCAUUUGGCUGGUUUUUGCCAUUGUCUUCUUCAGCUUUCCAUUUUAUAUGCCCGUGAAGGCCUCAAACAUGAACUACACGUGCGUCUGCGUUGGUGGGUUCAUCAUCAUCGAGCUCAUGUGGUGGUUGAUCGCUGGUAGACGAUACUCGAAGACUGUGCAGAAGGCAAGGGAGGAAGAGAAUAAUGUGACGGUUAGGGUGGACAGCAAGAACUUAUGA